AUGAUUCAUAUGCGUGGUCCAGGACAUGAGCCUUAUAUGCAACUCAAUCGAAUUCAGUUGAGAUGUUAUCUACCGCAUGAAAUCGAACAAAUCAGUGUUGUUAGAAUCACGGAGACGGAAACAUUUGAUGGAGCUGGGCAUCCAGUCAAAGGAGGUCUUUAUGAUCCUCGAUUAGGUCCGUUGGAAAUGUAUGACACUUGCGAAACAUGUCAUCUACAAGGAAUUCAUUGCCCUGGACAUAUGGGUCAUAUUGUGCUAGAUGUCCCAGUAUUUAAUCCUUUUUUAUUUCCUUUUACUUUCUCCUUAUUGAAAGGAACAUGUGUGCAAUGUCAUCGACUAACGUGUGAUUCUUCUGGUUUAGAGUCCAAUUUGCUGUUGGCUCAACUUCGGGCACUGGACCUUGGUCUUGUCUCAGUUGCUCAGGAGCUAGAGGGUUUUGUUAAAGAUCGUUUUAUUACUUCAAAGAGUUUUGAAGAAAUCAGUGAAACUCCUUUUCUGGAUGAAACUCAUGUGUGUAAAGAGCUAGAGGAUUUUUUUGCCAAUGUAGACCUGCAUACCGCUUCAAAUGUUGAUAAGACUCACUCAGCUCCAGUCAAAAAUGCUCUCGAGUUGAAGAUAUCUUUAAUGCAGAAUUUUUGCAAAAAUGUGCUUUUCAAACGUCGGCAGCGGUGUAAGCUUUGUAAGAAAAGUAAUGGUGUUAUGCGUAAUGAUGGUGGUCGUUGUGUUCUGAUUGAUUUCAGUAGAACGGCAACUAUAAAAAAAUUAAAGAAAUCAUCUCAUGUGCUUGAAAGUAUCGAAAAUUUUGAAGAUCAAGAGGUGGAUGCGGAUGAUGAUGGGAAAAAUGAUGAAGAAAAAUUAGAUAGUAAAAAUAUUAAUUAUGGAUCAUUUAUGAAUCCCGCAGAGCAAAUUAUGCGAGAGCAAAUGCAGAGCAUAGCUAAUGGGAGUUGUGACAAGCUGGCUUGGAGAGGUGCAGAAGUGCGCGAGCAUUUUCGUAUACUUUGGCAUAAUGAUGGACCUUUUUUGAAGAAAGUAUUUCCUAUGUUCGAUUGUGAGGAUGACAAGUAUUGUCCUUUAGAUGUUCUAUUUUGUCAGUCCGUAUUAGUUCAGCCAACAAAAUAUCGGCCGAUUCGGCUUUACCAAGGAAGCAAUUUUGAAAAUCCUCAAACUGUAAAUCUGCGAAAAUUGUUGGAAGCCUCGGAAACAAUUCGUGCUAUUCGUCAAACUUUAUCUGGCAACAAAGAAAAAUCUCUUUUGGCUUUAUUGUCGAAAAAUGUUGCUGGGCAAACAAUGGAGGCCAAAAUGCACAGUGCGUAUCUUGUAUUACAGCUGCGCAUGAGCGCUAUUUUUGAUCAAGAAUUGGACAAAUAUACUGAAAUUAAGUUGCAAGUUCCUGGUAUCAAGCAAAUUUUGGAAAAAAAAGAAGGUUUAUUUCGUAUGAACAUGAUGGGCAAACGUGUCAAUUUUGCUUGUCGUUCUGUGAUUACUCCAGACCCUUAUCUAGAUGUUGAUGAAAUCGGCGUGCCAGAACUUUUCGCUAAAAAACUAACAGUUACUGAGACAGCAAAUGCUAUGAAUAUAAAAAGAUUGCGAAAAUUGAUUGAAAAUGGUCCUAACUUUCACCCUGGCGCUAACUUCAUUAAGAAAAUGGGUAAGCAAACCCAGAUUUUAUUGGAAAAUAAAGCAGAUGAGCGUAGAGCUGCUGCCAAACGUCUCCAACCGGGAAACAGCUCUCGUCUUGGUUAUCCUGUUCAGGUACUUCGUCAUUUAGAUAAAGGUGACUUAAUGUUGAUGAAUCGCCAACCAUCUCUUCAUAAACCCUCAAUGAUGGGUCACAGAAUUAGAGUUCUUAAAAGCCAACGGUCACUGCGCAUGAAUUAUGCUCCAUGUAAAGCUUAUAAUGCGGAUUUUGAUGGAGAUGAAAUGAAUGGGCACUUUGUUCAGAGUCGAAUUGCUCAAACUGAACUUGCUGAAAUAGCCAAUGUUGGAUCAAAUUUCCUUGUACCAAAAGAUGGCACACCAUUGUUGGGCUUAAUUCAAGAUCAUGUUGUGUCGGGCGUAUUAUUAACUAUACGUGGACAAUUCUUCAAUAAAGAAGAUUUUAUGCAUUUGGUACUUUCGGCAUUUGCUGAAAUCACUCAGCGGUUAAUCAUCCCGACUCCAUCUAUGAUAAAACCUCAAGAACUGUGGAGUGGAAAACAGAUUAUUAGUACGGUAUUAAAAAAUUGUAUUCCUGCUGAUAAACCUCUUUUGAAUAUAACCAGUAAGGCAAAAACACCGCUCUCAUGUUGGAAAGUUGAGAAUCAUGCUACACCAAAGCUUGCAAUGAGUGAAUCAGAAGUAAUUUUCAGAAAUGCUGAAUUAUUGGUAGGAGUGUUAGAUAAGCAGCAUUACGGAAGUACGCGGUAUGGAUUGAUACAUUGUUGCUGGGAUUUGUAUGGUCAUCGAUUUGCGACGAAAAUAUUGAGUUGCUUCUCACGUCUUUUCACUACCUAUCUGCAGUUUCAUGGAUUCAGUCUUGGUGUAGCAGAUAUUCUCGUUCGAAAAGAAGCAGAUGAAGUAAGAAAAAGAGAAAUUGAGGCCUUACGCAAAUGCGGUGAUGAUGUGGUUAAGGAAUGCUUCGACUUAGAUAAGGAUGCAAGUCAGUCGGAUAUUAAAUAUGUCAUGGCAAGUGCAUAUUGUAAUCCAAAAGGUGAACAAAAUCAUGUCCAACUGUUGGAUUAUAAAAUGAAAGAAACAUUGAAUAAAUUCAAUGAAAAAAUAAAUAGUGCUUGUAUUCCAACAGGGCUCAUAAAGUUAUUCCCUCACAAUGCUUUGCAGUUGAUGAUACUAAGUGGUGCCAAAGGUACAAUGGUCAAUUCUGUUCAGAUUAGCUGCGAAUUAGGCCAAAUUGAACUAGAGGGACAUCGACCACCAAUGACAAUUACAGGGCGUACUUUGCCGUCUUUUCGCGCUUUCGAUACAUCACCUCGAGCUGGUGGAUUUGUGGACCAGCGAUUUUUGACAGGCAUCAAUCCACAGGAACUGUUUUUCCAUACGAUGGCUGGGCGAGAGGGUUUAAUCGAUACUGCUGUGAAAACUUCUCGAUCUGGUUAUUUACAACGUUGUAUUGUUAAACAUUUGGAAGGACUAGUAACUCAGUAUGAUUCUACCGUUCGUGAUCAUGAUGGCAGUGUCAUUCAGUUUCGAUAUGGAGAAGAUGGAAUGGAUGUUUGCAGAAGUACAUUCCUGAAUUUUAAGCAAUUUGAUUUUCUCUUCGAUAACAUACAAUGUUUAUGCUCUAGAGUAAUGCCGACAGGAUACGAUGAAAGCAUGUGGAAUGUUAAAAAAUGUGAAAAAGCAUAUAAAAAAAUUAAAAAAUGGCGUCGAAAGUAUGAUUUAACCACAAAAAAAGCAUAUACAAGUGGUUUCGUAGAAUUUUCAAAGAACUUUCGUGAAAUGCCGAAAGAAAAAAUUCAAAAGAUGUGGUUCGAUUUAACUGAUGAGGAGCGUGACGAUUAUCACCGUAAAGCUGGUAAAGCUUGUCCUCCUUCCGUUGAUGAGAAACUUAAUCCAAACCGCUCUUUGGGAGCUUUACCGGAAAAACUUCUUGACGAAAUAGAUGAGUAUAUUUCUAUGAACUCAUCUGCUGCUGCCGGUACUGAAUAUGAGAAAUUUCGAAAGUCUUUGUACUGGAAAGGUUUACACUGCCGAGUUGAUCCUGGUGAGAAUGUUGGUUUGUUAGCGGCUCAGUCCAUAGGAGAACCAUCCACACAAAUGACUCUUAAUACUUUUCAUUUCGCUGGAAGAGGGGAAAUGAACGUCACUUUGGGUAUUCCUCGAUUGCGCGAAAUUUUAAUGACUGCUAACAAAGAUAUAAAAACACCAAGUAUGGAGGUAAAUUCUAAAUGAGU